AUGAUGGCCAAAAAGCAAGAUGCCCGGACACCUACCUACAACCUGGUUGUAGUUGGGUUGUCUGGAACAGAGAAGGAGAAAGGCCAGUGUGGAGUGGGCAAGUCCUGCCUCUGUAACAGAUUUGUCCGGCCAAGUGCAGAUGACUUCUACCUGGACCACACCUCUGUCCUGAGCACAAGUGAUUUUGGAGGCCGUGUGGUGAACAAUGACCACUUCUUGUUCUGGGGAGAAGCAGCAAGGCCAUCUGAGGAAGGCCAGGAGUGCCGCAUGAAUGUGGUGGAGCAGACAGAGUUUAUCGAUGACCAAACGUUUCAGCCACAUCGUAGCACAGCUCUCCAGCCCUACAUAAAGAGGGCUGCAUCCCCCAAGCUUGCUUCUGCUGAGAAGCUAAUGUAUUUUUGCACAGAUCAGUUGGGACUGGAGCAGGACUUUGAGCAGAAACAAAUGCCAGAGGGAAAGUUAACAGUUGACGGCUUCUUACUCUCUAUAGAUGUAAGCAGAGGCAUGAACCGUAGUUUUGAGGAUCAGAUGAAAUUUAUUACGAACUUGUACAACCAGUUAGCCAAAACAAAGAAGCCUGUGGUCAUUGUUCUCACUAAAUGUGAUGAAGGUGUUGAGCGUUAUAUUAAAGACUCUCAUUCUUUUGCCAUAGCAAAGAAAAACUUGCAGGUUGUAGAAACUUCCGCUCGGUCUAAUGUCAAUGUGGAUUUAGCUUUUUUAACACUAGUCCAGCUAAUAGACAAAAGCAGGGGGAAACCUAAGAUCAUCCCUUACUUUGAGGCUUUGAAACUGCAGAGUCAACAAAUUGCCUCAGCCAAAGAUCGUUAUGAGUGGUUGGUGAACCGAAUUACAAAAAACCAUAAUGAAACAUGGCCCAAUGUCAGUCGCAAAAUGCAAACUGCCCCAGAAUAUAAGGAAUAUGUCUUCCUGGAGGGGACGGCAAAAGCCAAGAAGCUGUUCCAGCAGCAUGUGCACAGACUAAAACAGGAGCACAUAGAGAAGAGAAGGAGGGCCUAUCUGAGCACUCUGCCCCAGGCACUCUCUGUGCUCUUACCGGAGUUAGACGAGAUCGACCACUUGAGCUGGUCUGGCGUUCAGAAAGUCUUGGAGACAAAAAGAGAGUUCUCCCAGUGGUUUGUUGUGUUAGAUGACACUCCAUGGGAAACCACUCCACACAUUGACAACGUGGAGAAUGAUCGAAUCCCUCAGGAUCUGCUGGAAACUCCUGCUGCUCAAAGUAUCUAUGAAAGUCAUCUGGAGCAGCUCAGGAAUGAGCGUAAACGUGCGGAGAUGAGGUGGGAGUUCAAGGAAAGACUGAGUGUGUCUCCAUUCAUCACACCAGGCAAACCCUGGGAGGAGGCCCGCAGCUUCAUCAUGAACGAGGACUUCUAUGUGUGGUUGGAUGAGGCAGAAUAUUUAGACAUUUACAACAAGCACCAGAAGGAGAUCAUUGACAGAGCCAAAGAGGACUUUCAAGAACUUCUGCUAGAAUAUUCUGAGCUCUUUUAUGAGUUAGAAGUAGAUGCUAAACCAAGUAAAGAGAAAAUGGGAGCUAUCCAGGAGGUUCUGGAUCCGGCAUCCCCUGGUGUGGGUUAUGCACGUAAUGUCAGUGAGAGGCAAAUCAACCAGAUGCUCAAAGGUAUUCUUGAAACACGCCGCGGUAUAGGCAGUAGUUCCCCUCCCCUACCACCACCCUCCUCAGUGUUCAGGGACUCUCAGUCACAGUCUGGGUCUGAGGCAGUUCUGCGGAUAGUGAUGUGCAUGAUGUGUGGAGACACGUAUGACCUGGACCAGCUCCUUGCCCCCUUUCUACUGUCGCAGCACUGUCGCCCUGCCUUGAGCCUCAGCAGUGAUAUCAUCCCAGUCCAACUGUUAGCUGUUGGAGAAAGUCAGAUGGAGCUGACGGACUCUGAUUCUGCCAAAGAGCAAGUAAGUCAGGGAGAUGAGUUGGCACAUGAGAUUGAGGCUAGAUUCAACACUGUAAUCUGUGGGCAUGGGGGUGUUGUAGGUGGGCUUCACAAAAUGGAUCUUUUUCAGUCCUUCCUCAAAGAAGUUGUGGAAAAGCGCACUAUAGUAGAAGCAACACACAUGUAUGACAAUGUAGCAGAGGCAUGCACCAAUGAAAGUAUCAGCCCUCGCUGUGGUUCUCCUAGUCCUGUUAACUUCCUCCUUGACUCGGAGGAUGACAUUGACCCCUCGCCCCCAUACCCUCUCCUCUCAGAAGUUGGCACCCUUGGCUCCCACCUGGGAACUUUUAAACUCCCAGAUUUAGAUUCAAGUGACACUUUCUCUGUCAUUUCUGAACUCAGUACUUUUGAAAGCAAGUUGAACAAUAAGGUUCCUCCACAAGUCAAGCCCAAGCCUGUGCGAAAGGUCAACUUGAGUCCGUACAUGGAUCAGCAGGGUGGAACAAACAGACGCUCUUUACCACAAACUGUGACCUGGGCUCCGGGGAGUGAAGGAGGGUAUGAUCCCUCAGAUUAUGCAGAACCUAUGGAUGCUGUGAGUAAACCUCGUCCCACUGAGGAAGAGACUAUUUACUCUGUUCCUCAUGACAGUACACAGGGUAAAAUCAUCACAAUCCGCAACGCUAACAAGGGCCACUCUAAUGGAAGUGCUGGGAACGGCUCUGACAGUGAGGCUGACAGCAGCUCUCUGGAGCGAAGGAGGAAACUGUCCGCCAUUGGGAUAAAGCCGAAGCUGUACCGGGACAGGUCCAAACGACUUGGGAAAUUCAGCAGUUUCAGGACUAGCUUUUCCAUUGGCAGUGAUGAUGAGAUGAGCGGACCCCCUAAACCUGAGGAUGGAGGAGGACAUAAGGACUCCAUUGAAGAAAUUGAAGACCCAAAAAGAAGAAAUAUUCUGAAGAGCCUCCGCAGAACUAAGAAACAACGAGCCAAGCCAAGGCAUUCUAUUUCCAAACCAAUUGAAAGCAACUACUUUGGGAUGCCCCUGUCCAGUGUAGUCACUCUUGAGAGGCCUAUCCCUGUCUUCAUUGAGAAGUGCAUUCAUUUCAUUGAAACAACAGGCUUGAACACAGAGGGCAUCUACAGGGUCAGCGGGAACAAGGCUGAGAUGGAGAGCAUGCAGCGGCAAUUUGAUCACGACUAUAACCUGGACCUGGUAGAGAAGGACUUCAGCAUCAACACAGUGGCAGGAGCCAUGAAAGCCUUUUUCUCUGAGCUGCCUGACCCACUGGUGCCCUACAGCAUGCAGGCAGAUCUGGUGGAUGCCUUCAAAAUGAACGAUAGAGAGCAGCGCUUUCAGACGAUGAAGGACAUUCUGCGGCGUUUCCCCAGAGAGAACUAUGAGGUCUUCAAAUAUGUCGUCAGCCACUUAUACAAGGUGAGCCAGCAGAGUAAGUUGAAUCUAAUGACAAGUGAGAACCUGUCCAUCUGCUUUUGGCCCACGCUGAUGCGACCGGACUUCACAACCAUGGACGCUCUGACCGCCACACGCACCUACCAGACAAUCAUCGAGAGCUUCAUCCAACAAUGCUCCUACUUCUUCUACAAUCAGCCGCUGGCCGACUUGCCCAGGUCUCCCACCUCCAGCUCUGGGGGAGGAACCUCUGCCUACUCUUGCAUGGCCGCGGUUUACUCUUCCUCUCCUACGCCUUCCCCCGCACCCUACGUCAUGCCCGCAACUCCACCGGUCAUCCCGCAUUACGGUCCACCCAUUCACCACCACCAUCAUCAUCAUCAUCACCACGGUCUACACCAGUCCCCACAGAACUCCCCACCUGCCACACCCCAAUCUCCAAUACCAUCUCUCCUGCCGCCUGCCCUCCACCCCCACCACCACUCCCCUGCGGAACAACACACGCUGUGA